GUUAGUGCGCAGUGUGAUAUUAUAAGGGAAUGCUCCGUACUUUCGUUUUUCCCGCCUUUUCCUCACAUAUCUGUGUUGAUCACGCGAAUUCACCCGUACGCUACCCAUUUCCUAAAUUUCAAAAAGCACCCAAAAUCCUCUGCGAUUGUGGAGCGUCAACUCGAGCUUAUUUUCUCACAAGUCAGAAACGAAAGGAGGCGCGCAUGGUAAAUCUCGUUUCUAUUUAGUGUUCAUUUUGGAUCAGCUGAAUUUGCGACUAUGGAGGUCAACAGGAAGCCAAAUUCACGAGAUGACCCUAUGAGUGACGCUUGGAGUUUUGGCAGCAAUUAUCACCCAUCCAGUCAAUCUAGAAAAAUAUCAGUUGGAAUUGUGAUAGAUUCAGUUGCAAAAUGCAGAACACAAAAAGCAAAGCAAGCUGAAAAUCACGCGCACGUGGCUGCACUUAAAACUUCUAACAAAGGGACAUCUGCUGAAAAUGGUGGGACAACAAUGGCUCGAAACAAGCGGAAUUUUACGAAUGACAGAAAGAAGAAGGAAAUAGGGAGCACUUCUGCUAUCAGAGAGCCCACGGAGCAGCAGACAUCUCCUUGGAUAUCAACUAAAACCCUCCACCAUGAACCAAAUUUAGAGCCUGUUACUCCAGCAGAGAAACCUUCAAUUGUUCAGGGCGUAGUUGAGAUGUCCAACAGAUCAAACAGAGUGGAGGUAGGACCAGUAGAGUGUUCUUUAAGGGCUUUCUUAAUCCAGACAAGGACUUUACAGUUUGACAAAUCAAAGCAGGUGAAGGAGAAUGCUGCAGUGGAAGAAAUGCCUGAGAAAGAAGUCAAAGGAAAAAACGACAAACCAGAAAAUGCAGGCAGUGAAACUUUAAGGUUGAAGCUUUGGGAGAUCUUAGGAAAUGUUUCUUCCCAAAACAAGCAGUGUCCAAAUUCUCCAGUUCUCGAGCAGGAUGCAAACGCCUCGCACCCAGAGCACAAAGACACAGGAUAUCAUGUCGAUGAGCCUAGGGAAAAUUCAGAUACUAUAGAAAGUGAUACUCAAAGUCAUGAGUACGCUAUUAGGAGAGCGGUUACUCGUUCUUUAGCUCGAAAAAGAGCUCCUGCUAAGUUGAAAUCAUACAGUAGAAAAAGGCCACCGGCAUGUAAGGAGGAUGGCUUAGAGAAAAAUCCCUUCCUUUCAAAAGAUCGGUGGUCUAGAACAUUAUGUGAUGCUGGCACUGAUAGUUCGUUGAUGGAAAAUGGAAGGAGAGGCAAGAGGAAGAGUCACCAGAUGGAUGCAUCCAAGAUUUGCGAGCAGAACAACGUAAUGAAAGAUGAAGAUGCAAGCAAUAGUCAUAAAAGAGUACCACUUGCUGAGAAAUUUGUAUUUCCUGGUGUUGCAGCUGGUAAUGGUACUACUUUGUUUGAGGAGGAAAAAGACGAGAUGGACCAGCCAAAUGCUGAUAACCUAGAAUCCCCUGUUGUAGAGAUGACUGAGCAGCUUAGAAAUCUGCAAGAACAUGUAGAUCAGCAUGGAAACUCAGCAGAUAAAUCCAAGAGGAAAGCAUUGGACUCGGACUCUGACGAACAAAUCCCAACUUUGGCAAUGAAAGCACCUAGCAGAAAAUCGUUUCCUGGAUUUGCACCAAGAAGCAAUCAGGGGAAACCACAUGGUGAUGUUCAUGAACAUAUAACAUCUAAAACUGAGGGAAUUUCUAAUGUCAAGAGCUCUGAUUCUGGCAGAAGAUCUUUUCCUGGAUUUGCACCAAGAAGCAAUCUGGGGCAACCACAUGGUGAUGUUCAUGAACAUAUAACAUCUAAAACUGAGGGAGUUUCUAAUGUCAAGAGCUCUGAUUCUGGCAGAAAAUCUUUUCCUGGAUUUGCACUAAGAAGCAAUCUGGGGCAACCACCUGGUGAUGUUCAUGAACAUAUAACAUUUAAAACUGAGGGAAUUUAUAAUGUCAAGAGAUUUGGUCCUGGCAGAAAAUCUUUUCCUGAAUUUGCACCAAGAAGUAAUCUGGGGCAACCACAUGGUGAUGUUCAUGAACAUAUAACAUCUAAAACUGAGGGCAUUUGUAAGGUCAAGAGCUUUGAUGGACUUAAACGAGAAUACAAGUCCAAUGCACUGGAUGAGUCAUCUGAUGAUGCAGGGAAAUUGGGAAGUUCUCCUUUUUCCGAAUCAAGGCCUAUCAAGGAAGAAGAUACACAGUUUAGGUUUUCUAGACCGUCAUCCAUGGAAAGUGAUGCCGAGGGCUCUGAAGACAGUUCAAACAUUCAAGGCGGUAUACAGACACAACUGUCUCCUGAAAACGGUAAUACCAAGGAACAAGAGGCUCCUCGACUGAACAAAAGACUCUUCGACAAAGAUGAUGCUAAUCUUUCUGGAGUUAAUCUUGCUGCAGCCUCUUCUAAAGGAAUUGAUUGUAGGAAGCUUGAGAGGUAUUUAGCACAGAAUGAAGAGGAUGCGCUAACUAGUGCCAUGACCUUAUUUGCUAUCUCGUUGGAGAAAGUUAGAAGCAAAAUUAAGUCUGUUACUAACCAACGAUCUGCUGAGAUUCUGGAGUCUGUUGCGGAGAAUAUACAUACGCAGUUACAGAAUGCUGAGUUUCAGAUUAAAGCAGACAUGGGAAAGAUAACCAGUCUGAAUAAAUCAAAGAGAAAGCAUGUAGAAGAAGUGCUUCAAGCGAAACAGCAGCAUCUGAAUGCCAUAUACGAAAGAUUCAAAGAAGAGGUCAAUCAGCAUCUCCAGGAUUGCAAGAGCACACUUGAAUCUCUAGAAGCACAUGAAGUUGAAGUGAAAGCAACUGUGGAAAAAAGAAAAGCAUCAAGUAGGAAACUACUUUUGGAAGCGGAAGAAGCAAUUGAGACUCAGCUUGAUUAUGCUGAAAGAAGGAUUAAUUCGAUCCACCAUGUGGCAAGAGAGAAGAUGUGUCAGCUGAAACUUGUGGUUGCUGAAUGUUUAAAAGAGGGUGUCCUUGGUUGACAUAGGGUAUUGUUCAACAAUCUCGAGGUUUCAGAAGACCACCGUUCUAGGCAUAUCUGCCUCUAAUGCGUGGUAAAUAAUAGCUAUUACAUUAUUUCCCAAGGAGUAGACUUUUUUACUUUCUUUUUAGGUCUUAUGGCGUCUAUUUUUCCUAUAGUUCACUAGUACUUGGGUAGAUGCUCUUAUCAACAUUUUCUUUAAGAAACGCACUUUCUCGGAA